AUGCCUCGCGCUUCAGCAUCGGCAAAGCGACAGCACGGUGCUUCGAUCCAUCGCGAUACUAGACAGCACGAGAAUGGACUGGUAGGCCCGGGGAAGCGCGUUUCCAAGCAAAAGAGCCUGGGUCAUUUGGAUGGGAUCGCGAAGCAGCCUGACGACGAUGCGGCUAUACCCCCUGUUCCGCCAACACCACCCCCCUGUGCGAACGGCUACUCCAAGCAACCACUCGAAAUGCCCGUAGAAAAUAGGGCUGCCGAGUCUCUUAGAAGGGGCUCGCUCGGCGGCUAUUCCGAGUCCUCGUCUUCUGAGUCGUAUAAUUCUCAUGUUGGAAAUACCCAUAUCGAGGAGAACCAUCGCCGAAUCGAUGUUAACGCCACUAAGAAUUCGAACGUUCACCGUGAUCCCGGUCCAUUUGGUGUCGACUUUGCUUUAACCGUUCUUCGAUCAUGUCCCUUACAAGACACUAUCGCUAUUCUCAUCAUCUUGAUGCAGAUUCCUCCACUGGCUUUAUCUUGCAUUUACGUGCUUUUCACCUUGCUUACUUUCGUCACGAGUAACGGCCUGACAUUUAGCGAUGUGUUCGAAUGGAACUUGGGCGCUCCUUCCCUGGCAACUGUUAUAUGCGUUGACGGCAUUGUGCUCUUGAUUUGGCUAUUUCUAUGGGGUCCGAUUCAGCACGUCAUCCUCGACUUGGCGCAGAUGGUUAUUGCUCUAGGGUUAGGCGGCGGUUCCAGUUCAAGAGACGGCGGCUCAAUGAAGAAUACUCUCAUCUGCCUAAGUAUGAUACUGCUGUCUCACGUGCUACGCCAUACCAAGAUGAAAUACUCUCCUGUGGGGUAUCUCUUGGGUUCGAGCCGAUUCAUGACACCUGAUCUAGAUGAUCCGCUCGAAUCUCUAGAUUCUAUACGCGGUUAUGAUAAGGUCCAGACAGGAUGGUUCGGUUGGGUUAAGAGCAUAUUGGCAAUUCAUAUUUUGACGCAGGGCUUAGUUAAGUACAUACGCGAUUGGUAUUUGAGGCGAGAGAGGCGCGAUAUCCUGGCUCAGAAUGCCGCCGAUCCCGAGGCUGGGAAAUCCUACACCGCGGAAAACGACGGCGGAUUUUCAACCCCGGAUAGCGAUACGGCUUCCCUACAAAAUGCAACAGCGUUAACUACAAAAAAGAAAAGAAAACAAAGUGCUCAGAUCCGGAAUCGACAACCGCUCUGGGCAGCUCUAGCGAGCACUAAGAUAGUCGUUGUGAAAGAAUACGAACUUACUCAUGCUGCAGCAGAGUCCGCAGGUUCUAAUGCCACCGACAUCCAUAACUUGGGGAACGCCCCGUUCAACACAGAGCCUGAGCAGAUCUGGAUUACAUAUGUUGGUUGCGAUGAAGUGUGUUUUAGCACCAGUCACUUUUUCAGCGCACCCGUGCCUGAGGUUACGCAAGAUGGGGCAAGGAUGGAUAUAUCUAAGCCUUUCUAUGUGAGAGUUAAUAAUGCUGUUUGGCAGCCCACCCGGAUGGUACCAGUGCACGAUUCUGAGGCGGAUGCUAGCCAGGGAACUCAUUGGAGCGGGGAUAUCUACGGGCUCACUCCUAUGUCGAAUUAUGAAUGCGAAUUCGUCAGUACAACGACGCACGAGAUUUUAUUCUCGACGAGUGUUAGAACUACUCAAGCUCAAUCGGCGGACGUGGACUCUAGCGCUUCGAAGCCUGCCGGCCAGCGGUCUCUUCGGCCCGACUCACCCAUUACAACCCUCAAGACCUCAAUCGCUGCAGCUGAAAGCAAGCUAGCGGAGGAAAAGGCCCGACAAAAGGCUCUGCGAAAGGAGUUCCACCGGAAAGCGAAUGGUAUGAAGAAAGAUAAUGAAAAACUCUCUGCAGCAGUCCAGUCAGCCGGCACGGGUGACGACAAGCUGCGCCAAAAGAUCCAGCAGAAUACUACCCAGCACAAGCAGGCCGAACAGGCAGUCAUUAGCCUCGAGGCGGAGUUAAAAGAGCUUGCGUCCAUUCCCGAAUCUUUGAAAUCAGCUUGGAAGGCCAAGCAGUCCGCGUGGACUAAUGAGAAGGCCAAAUACGAUGGCGCGGUAGCAAAAUUUAAGGGUUUCAAAGCGUCCGUCGACCGUGGGAUUAAGGCCCUUCAAGAGGAGAAGACGGGUCUACAAGCCAAGCGCAACAAGAUUAGCAACCGCAUUGCCAAGGUUGAUGGCGAGCAUGCACGUAUCACCGAUGCUAAUGCUCGUGGCCUUGAUGAAGCAGAGCGGCGGCGGCAGGCUCGGGAAACGUACGAAAACGACAUCGCUAAAGUAGAACAGGAUCUCAAUGCUAAGAUUAACGAAAUUGAAGCUGCUAUCUAUAAUAAGGAACGAGACAACGAGGCGCUGAAAACGCAGUUGGAUUCGUUUCAUACGCAGCAGGCAGCUUAUGCUUAUGCGAACGCCUAUGAUUUCCCCGAUACUUCUGCCCCGUUUUCGUCUCCGGGUUCAGCAUCUCAAGUCCAAGGAAAUGUGACCAGCACGGCUCCGUACGAUGCUACAGCUGCCUGGAACAACAGCCUGUAUAAUUCAUCCCUUUGGGGUCCAUCGCCCCUUGCGUCGGGCUUCAUGCCGCAGGGAACUGCUGCGCUGAAUCUCCAACUGCCCACGGCCAAGGCGCGAGGUCGUUCCUCGUCAAUGCUCAGCGAUGUAUCUGGUUUCACACAAAGCAGUACAGCCGAGAACGAAGGACAAAGCACAGUACGAGGAAGUAUCGGAAAUCCUGGUGCGUCUCCGGGCCUUGAAUACCCUACGCCCACUGGACCUCGAAGCAAUGUUAAUGGCGAAGCAAUGAGCGAUGGUACGGAUAGCCCCAGCAGCGGUAGUAUCGGAACUGGUAGUGUCGGGGAUCCGAUGAGCCCUGGGCCUUGA